AUGAGGGACCCCAGGGCGCUGUACCCGGCGCUUCCCCGCCGAGCCCCGGGGAAGGCGAGGGAGGGAGAAAUCCAGGUGGCUCAUGUUCUCUCUCUGUCUCCAGGGGCCUGUCUGCAGUGUGAGGUUUGCUUUGGCCUAGGAGUGAGCUGCAGAGGCGACCUACAGACCUGCGCGGCUGGGGAAGACUCCUGUGGCGUCGCGCUGACCGAAUCCACGCUGGCGGGAAUUAAGACCCAGAGCAUUCUCAAGGGCUGUAUGCCAUCGAGUCAAUGUAAAGCCGGCCCCGUCUCUGUGAAUUUUGGGCAGGGAAUGAGAACACAGACAAGCUUUGCCUGCUGCUUGGGAGAUACCUGCAGAACAAGCACCAUUACAGUGCCCCCGGCUGACACCAAACCCAACGGCCGGCACUGCCCAGCCUGCGUUGCUGUGUUUACUGAUCAGUGCAGUGAGAAGACCACACAGUGCACUGGAGACGAGACCCGAUGUGUCAACAUCGUCGAGACCCUAACAACUGGUGGAAAUCCAGUGCAGAUGGUCAUGAAGGGCUGUGCUUCCGAGUCCAUCUGCGCCCAGAUAAAAUUGGGUUCGGGGACCUUCGCAGGCAUCAGUGCAGAUCUAACCACGGCCAAAUGCACAGCAGCCUCCGCGCGGUGGAGGUGGCACCAGGGCCAGGCGGGGUCCUGCUGCUGAAUCUUCUCUCCUGAUUCCCCACCCGGUGCAACGGCGCCGCAGCACUGAAAU